AUACGAAUGCAAAAGAUCAGAAAAUAAAAGAAUUGGAAGAAAAACUAAUAACACUUCAAUCUUCAUCAACUACAAAGCGACGUUUUUCCGAUUUGGAUAAUUAUGAAGAAGAACAACAAAGAAACGUAAAAAAGAUUCGGGAUUACUUUCCCCCAUCAUCCUUUGCACUUAUUAAUAAUCUCAUUAAAUAUCAUGAUAAGGAUAAACAAUUACUUAUUCACCGUCCUCCAGAAUGCGUUGGCCCACCAGUACAAGUUUACAAUGAU